AUGUUUGUGGUUAACCCGUUCCAAGAAGUAAAACAUGACGGGGAGCCUGUUUUAGCCGGUGAAUCAAAUGCAUCAACGUCUUCGGAUGUGAUUACCGGUAUACGUAAUGAAAAACUCUCUGAUACAAACAUUGGUGAUUUAAUAAAUGCCACCCUCACAACUACAGAAAUUGACAAUGUGAUUUCAUCAUUAUCACCUGGGGAGAAGUACUCCUAUAUUAAGCAUCAUUUUGUUCCUGUAUGUUAUCAGUUCCCAUGUACGUACAUGAACGGAUGUAACAGCAGCAACAUUGCCAUACAGCGACGAUUAGAGAACAGACGCAUUUUGAAAAUGAUAGUAAAGACUAUUGUGUUCUGUGGCAGACAGUGCAUAGCAUUGCGAGGAGAUCACGAAGGCAUCACAACAGCGGGUAAUCCAGGGAACUUUCUCGGCUUACUCUGCUUAAUUGCAGAACAGGAUACUUUAUUGAAGAAACACAUUGAUUCCCCUCGAGAUAAACGUGGCCAUUAUUUGUCACCACAAAUUCAAAACGAACUCAUUUCAGUGAUAGGCAGUUUGAUACUAAAUGAUCUACAAAAUGAAAUCCGAGAAUCAAAGUUUUAUGCCAUUAUGGCAGACGAGGCCACAUCUCACAACACCGAACAGCUGAGCCUGUGUCUUAGGUUUGUGGACAAGGAGAAAAAUGUCCGAGAAGAAUUUGUGGACUUUAUGCAUGUCCAUAGUGUGACUGGUGACGCUAUUGCGAGAGCGAUUCUGAAUUCACUGGCAGAAAAGAAACUAGAUGUCAGUGGCAUUCGCGCUCAGACGUAUGAUGGAGCAACUGCAAUGGCCAGUGAAAAUGUUGGUGUACAAAAGAAAAUCCGAGAUGUGUCACCUUUGGCUAUGUAUAGUCAUUGUGCAGGCCAUUGCUUAAAUUUAGUGAUUGUGCGUUCUUGCAAAGUAGUACUUAAAGGCAUAGUGCAUUUUCAUAUUUCUAUAACUGUGUUUAUGGUGUACGCCUUCGAAGUCAUUGCUCAUGGACUGCACAGGGAUGAUGGAUAUGAUCUGACAGACGGAAAAUGGUCGGCAAAGAGCAAACAAGAUGCGUCAGGGCUUUUAGCUGUCAUGACAAAUUUUGACUUCAUUGUGUCCUUUGUCACAGUAUAUUGCAUAUUGUUCCACUUAGAUGGCAUCAGCAAAAAGCUACAAAGUACCAGUAAAGAUAUAUUUGAAGCUUAUGAAUUGGUGACAGAGGUCAAACAGACUUACAGCGAUGUGAGGGAGAAUAUUGAGUUUCAUUUUAGAAAAUGUUACGAUCAGGCUGUCCGUUUUGCCGACAAAAUUGGUGUCACACCUACAACCCCACGUGUGGCAAGGCGUCAGACACAACGCCCAAAUGCACCAGCAAGUUCACCUGAAGAUUAUUACAGGCUGAAUCUAGCUAUUCCUUUUCUUGACCACAUAUGCACUGAACUGAAUGAACAGUUCACAGGUUUAUCGGCUAAAUAUAGCCAACUUAUUGGAUUAGUACCGUCUGUGUUAUUGGAUAAUAGUGUUCAGCCACUGUUUGAAAAUAUCAUUGAAACAUAUGCUGGAGAUUUACCAUCGGCAGCAUUGUUCGAGCAUGAGUUGUAUAGGUGGAAGAGGCAUUUGCAGCACAAAUUCAGUGUCAACGAUUUACCCCCAAAGUGUUGCUUCAGCACUGAAACUGCUACCAUUCCUGUGACAAGCUGUGAGUGUGAGCGCAGUUUCUCCGCAUUGAGAAGGCUGAAUACGUAUAAUCGUUCCUGCAUGGGGCAAGAGAGGUUGACAUCUUUAGCUUUACUUCACAUUCAUUAUGAUAAAGAAAUCGAUAUUGAUUGUGUUGUGGAUACUUUUGCAAAGUUGCAUCCAAGGAGAAUGGGUCUUCAAAGUGUCUUGUAA